GCAGUGCCCCGCAGUGGCAUUCCUGAAUCCUGACCACCCUCCCUGCCACUGCCAGUCCCUGGUCCCUGCCUUCCCCAUCUCCCUCCUACACUAAAAAAGUUUGCCAACCACACUGCACUUGAAAAUUGUUUCCUGCACUGCUGGGGAUUUAGUUCUAGCCUCUAGGUGACGGCUAACAACAACAAACAGAUUCUUGUCAAUUUUGUUUUAGAAUAAUGUGUGCACCCAUUUGAAAGUUGUCAGGUUAUUGGAGAGUGUUUAUGAUUCUUGAAAGAAUUUAUACAAUUUUGUAGUUACCUGGUCAGUCCUGGUGAACUUUUUUUUUUGCCCUGAACUUUAAUAAAUUUGCUUCAUUUGAUGGAAGCAAAUUAUCAAAUCCUUAAACAAUUCCUUUUCAUCCUUUGGAUUAAUUAUGUCAAAUUGUUUGGCUUCUCUUUUCUCUUAGGCUAAUUUACAUGGUUUUCCCAAAGAUUUUGGAAUUUGUAACAAGUUUUUUCAAGCAAUAAAUGGGCUACUGAAAAUUCCAUGCUAAAAUUUGUCCUUCAAAUCAACUGGUUUUGUUAUUUAAGUUAGUAAAUACAUUCUAAACUUACCAACAAAGCAAAUUCUAUUGUGAUUUUCCACACCAUGUCCAUGCCUAGCACCCUGCCCAGUCUUGCACUGAUAGACUUUGGCAUGCAAUGGAUUGGAUGGGCCAUUGCUGUGCUGUUACGAACAGAAAAGUUUUAUGAUUUAACUGGAUCUUCCACAUUCAUAUUAGUCAUUUGCCUGUGCUACCGCUGGCAUUCUCAUGGGCAUCCCAGGCAUGUCGUCCAAACCUCUGCCAUCCUCAUUUGGGCUGUGAGGCUGGGGUUGUAUCUCUUCUCUCGUAUUUUGGCCGACGGCAAGGACCGACGUUUUGAUAAGAUAAGAGAUGACCCUGUCCGCUUCUUCUUUGCCUGGACCAUUCAAGGAGCGUGGGUGCUGGUGACACUGCUGCCCUCGCUACUAUGUCUGACAAAUAACCGCCAGCCUGCCCUGGGACUGCGGGACUACCUCGGGUGGGGCGUGUGGGGCGUUGGGCUCCUUGUAGAGGUUGUGGCUGAUCAUCAGAAGGCAGCCUUCAGACGUGACCCUGCCAACCAUGACAAGUUCAUCACGACGGGACUGUGGUCGCUGUCCCGCCACCCCAACUACGCGGGCGAGAUCAUCUUGUGGUACGGCCUCUACCUCAGCGCCUCCGCCUCCUUCACGGGCUACCAGCACCUCUCAGUGCUGAGCCCAACGUUGGUCUACCUGCUGAUCAAGUUCGUGUCCGGAGUGCCGAUGCUGGAGGACCACGGCAGGAGGAAGUGGGGAGCCAGCGCUCAGUACCAGCAGUACCUGCGUCAGACUCCCGUGCUCUUCCCCUAUUGGCAUUCAAAUUAACGGAUCUUUGGUGACAGUGUUAGUCAUAUGCCUGUCCUUGAUGUAAAGGACAUGCGAGGUCCUCGACUCGUCGUGUGAGGCUACUGGACUGCUUCACUGCUCAUCAGCUGUUAGCUAGCGGGAUCAGCAACAAGUAUAGUCCACGAGCAGCACUCAUUUAUGACCGAUUCAAUGCUAAACAUCUGAAUGGGCAUUACUGUUAAUUCGGUGACGCUUAUUUGAAUUUAACCUUCAUAUUGUUGAAACUUGUUAUCAUGAAGAUAUUUAUAUUUUCUUAGCAGUUCAAAUAAAAUUUCAAAUAAU